ACAAGUCCAUUUGUGAAACAGCUCUUUGAAAUGUAUGCGCUGUCCUAUUUUAUACAAAAUAAACCAGCUCUGGUAAAUGAAUAUCCAGCGUCUUGUCGCACCUCGGAGAUUUGAAGCCUCACAUUGCGCAGAAAGCAGCAGCUCUGUUUUGCAUUACUGAGCAGAGGGAGUGACGUGAAGGAGAAGGAGCCUGCGGGAGGGGAUUUGCUGGAAACACAAAAGGGAGAAAGAGAUAGAAAAAGACGAUUUGUGACAGAGACAUGAGGGAUUCUCUAAAGUCUUUUCUGCAGUCGUGUGCAAGCUUCAGUGUUCAGCCAGGGUGGAGGAGGCAUUGAAAGCAGAGAGAGAGAGAGAGAGAGAGACACCUCCUGCCUGUCUGUUUUAGGGGAUGCUGUGCCUUGCCUCCGUCCUUCACCACUCCACUUUUCUUUGUCUUCCUUUUUAAGAGCCUGCCCUUUCUUUGUGCCUUGCGCUAAGUGGACUCGGGAAGGACGGAUUUUCCCUGAUCGUCACGGGAUCCCAUUUGGAUUGUGCCAGUGCUUUAGAGGACAAGAGAAAGGAACAGGAAAUAUUUAUUACAUUCAGGGGAAUUCCAUCACUCUCGCCUCUGGUUUGCAGUCGCAUCCUGGACAUCACUAUGGGGAGGAACAAUUGGAUGGACAUGUAGCGGUUUGAUGCAGUCCUCAUCUGGAGUGGUUUGGUGGGUGUCGACCAUUGGAACGCUCCAAUUUGUUGGCACCCUAUAUUUCAGGCUGUAAGGCCGAGCUCAGACUUUGGGGUCCACUCAGAGAGAAGCGCGCAGGGCUUCUGCUGAGGAGCACCAGGAACUCAGCACAGCUCAGAAUCAUGCCUGAAGCCAACUACCUCUUCUCUGUGUCCUGGGGAUACAUCAAGUUCAAGAGGAUGCUGAGCCGAGAGCUAAGUCACCUUUCUGAAAUGAGUCGCUCAGGCAACCAGGUUUCUGAGUACAUCUCCAGCACCUUUCUGGACAAGCAGAAUGAGCUGGAGCUUCCGUGCCCGGUUCCCAAGUCCAGGGAAAGGAAGCGGAAGCAGGGGCAGCAGCAACAUCAUCAUCAUCAUCAUCAUCAACAGCAGCAGCAGCAAAGUGGGAUGAUGAGUCAGAUCAGCGGGGUGAGGAAGGUCAGCCUCACCCCCAGCAUCUCUGCGAGCACCGUCAAUCGCUUUGGGGUCAAAACCGACCAAGAGGAGCUGUUAUCAAAGGAUCUGGAGGACAUCAAUAAAUGGGGGCUGAAUAUCUUCAAGGUGGCAGAGCAUUCCCACAACCGACCGCUCACAUGCAUCAUGUACACCAUUUUUCAGGAGCGAGACCUGUUGAGGACAUUCAAGAUUCCAACAGACACCUUUCUGACAUUCAUGCUGACGCUGGAGAGCCACUAUCACUCCGACGUGGCCUACCACAACAGCCUACACGCCGCCGACGUAGCACAGUCAACUCACAUCCUACUGUCCACCCCCGCACUGGAUGCGGUCUUCACUGACCUGGAGAUCUUGGCAGCCAUUUUUGCGGCAGCUAUUCAUGACGUAGACCACCCAGGAGUGUCCAACCAGUUCCUCAUCAACACCAACUCUGAGCUGGCUCUGAUGUACAAUGAUGAGUCAGUGUUGGAGAACCACCACCUGGCUGUGGGCUUCAAACUGCUGCAGGAGGACAACUGUGACAUCUUCCAAAACCUCACCAAAAAGCAGAGGCAGACACUCAGGAGGAUGGUCAUUGAAAUGGUGCUGGCAACUGACAUGUCCAAACACAUGAGCCUGCUGGCUGAUCUGAAGACGAUGGUGGAAACCAAAAAGGUGACCAGCUCAGGAGUCCUGCUGUUGGACAAAUACACAGACAGGAUACAGGUUUUGCGUAACAUGGUACACUGUGCAGACCUGAGCAACCCUACCAAGCCUCUGGAUCUGUACCGGCAGUGGACGGACAGGAUCAUGGACGAGUUCUUCCACCAGGGAGACAGGGAGAGAGAGAGGGGGAUGGAGAUCAGCCCCAUGUGUGACAAACACACAGCCUCUGUGGAGCGAACACAGGUGGGCUUCAUUGAUUACAUCGUCCAUCCUCUGUGGGAGGCGUGGGCCGACCUAGUCCACCCUGACGCCCAGGAAAUCUUGGACACUUUGGAGGACAACAGAAACUGGUACCAGAGUAUGAUUCCACAGAGCCCCUCCCCUCCCUUCUACAUUAGUGACGGGGAGGGAGGCACAGACGAAGAGGUGGAGGGACGACGCAUAGCCAAUAACUUUCAAUUUGAACUUGCACCAGAUGACCACACCGGUCAGGGUGGAGACGGGAAUUGCGCAGUGAUGGAGACAUCUAACAGAAGUGAUGAUGUGACAAUCCAAGAUCAACCCUGCAACCACGGCGAGGUAGAAAUGGACUCACCAGCUGAAACAUAGCUGAGCCACUGGUGUCUGCUAGAGUGCAACAAGUUGUGCUGUUUUCACUGAAUUUGUUUUAUUGCAGUAGAGCAAUCCUGCAAUCUGGCUCCUGGGAGCCGCCUGGCUGACACGGCCUGACUGAAUGUGGGGCGUCUUCGCAGACAAGGCUUAGAAACCUUGUGGCCGUUUGUUUUUGAGCGCCACAGAAGGGAAGUGUAAGAGAACAGCGUUGGUUAUUUAAAGAAGGGACUGCUGCAGAACUGCAGAGGCCUGACUGUUGUCACAAAAAUGAUGGGCAAUAUAAAUCCAUAUACAGGGACAGGGAAGAACUCUGAACUUGCAUUUGGAGGACAUUUCUAUGUUCCUUUAGAUUAGAACUAUAGUUUUGGGAUCGUAUGCCACCUGGUAAAGUGUCCAAACAUACUACUGCUUGGCAAUUUAUUUAUAUCCUAGUAGUUGACCUUUUUCCGUACACGUGUCUAAAAAAAAAAAAUUCUGUGCCUUUUUUUUUUUUUUUUUUUUAACAGCCAUGUCCUUUUAUAAAUAUUGGAAUAAUUUAUUGAACACAUUCACGUAGCUGUAAAAUGUGUUUUGUAUAAAAUGUUUGUCUUCCUAAUAUUCUGGCAAUAGUAUAAGCUUUAUACUGACAAGACUUUGUCUAAUGUAAAAAUAAUUUGGCUUCCAGGCACAAUUUGCACUUUGACACCAUAUUAAGAGAGUGUCAUUAAAUCAGACAUCACAGUUAACAUGUGAAUCCAGAAAUGUUAUUUUAUAUUCAGCUGUACUUUUGUUUUUUUGUUUGUUUGUUUUUGUUUUGUUUUUUUAACUAAUACUUACUUACAUGAAAAUGUUUAUUUAUUUUACAUUUGUUGGUGGAAAACAUUUUUUUAUUUAUUUUUUUGAUUGGCGCUUUUGUGAAGGUCUCAAUGACUGAUGUUCUGAAUAGAGAGAUCAGACAAGAAAAAAAAACCCAAUCAUUAACAUCGAGUUUUUACAAGGGAAUUUUAUCGUAAGUGGCAUCACACUGGGCCUUUCCUGUCUGUGGAAAUUGUUCCCUCGUUGCUGUCAUCAGCUCAUACAUGUUGCAACUUACUACAAAACAUUCCUGUCUGAUGACUUCACUUUACACGUGUCUGGUUUUGAAGUCUGACUUCAGACUGCACGUUGAAAAAGCACCAGUUAGUGAUGUAAUAUUUCUUUGUUUAUUUUUUAAUUCAGGCACUUUGAAUAUUUCAACAGUUUUGCAACUGGUUGCCGGGCUGUCUGACACUACCUUAAAGGUACCACCUUGUAAGAUGCACCCUUUAAGAAAGGGAGGCGCUGUCAUGGUAUUUCUUCAUGUAUGUGUGUGUGUGUGUGUCACUGAUCAGAGUUGCACAAACUGAUGCUGCACGCACUCGUGUUGUUCCAACCCUUCAGCUGUGUGUAUUUAUUAUCUUGUUGCUAUAGGUUGACAAUGUUCCAUUUAUUUAUACACACUACAGUGUGUCAAAUCACAGAUUGACUGAAUUUGUUUGGUUCUCUUUUUGUGUAACAUGAAGUUAAACAGUUAAUUUUGCAAUACAAGACCGAAAUUGAGUUUGAACUUUCAGACACUUUUGUACAUAUACCUCAGCUCACAGCAUCUCGCUUGAGGUAGAAAAAGUCUUGAGAUUUUGAAGGGGUGGUUUGGGACCAUGAAGGCUGGAUAUUAUUAUUAAUGCAGUGUAUUAUGUACGGUGACGGGUCAUUGUACAAUCAAAGGAUUAUUUGCUGAAUUAUGUAACAUUGUUUCAGAUGUACUUUUUCAGUGUUUUCCUCACAAUAAAUUUUCAAAUGGU